UGUUACUGGAUCCUGUUUGGGAGUUGUGCUGGGAUUCAGAACAAAGGGUUGAGAAUCUGGGCUCAGAGAGAAGACCAAAAACUACCAAAGCAAGGAUGAGGACUAUGAUCCUACUUCUUUUGGGUUUUACGUCGGCCAUGGCAACUAGGCAAAGGAGUCAGUUCACACGUUACCGAUCAUGGGAUUCUCAGAUGUACCCGGUGUGGCAAGAUGGAGACCCAAAGUUCAAAAACUGUUGGUCUGGUGGUGAAGUGACCUUUGACCUUAAGAAUGAUGCACCCACUCUGACAGGAGCAAAAGCAACCUUCACCAUCAACCUUAAUUUCCCACCAAACCAGACAGCGCUGCCUGAUGGACAGGUGGUGUGGGCACGCAACUGCACCGUCAAUGGGAGUGAGUAUCAGGAGGGUCAGGCUGUGUAUCCAGACAGAGGCAGUGAGUGGACCGGAGUUUUCCCUGACGGCACGCCUUUCAACAGGAGUCAGAACAGGAAACCCCACUAUGUGUUCGUGUGGAAGACAUGGGGGCGUUACUGGCAGGUGGCAGAUGGGCCAUCCUCCUCCCUCACCAUUGGAACAGACAGCGUCCCUCUGGGUUCCUACAACAUGGAGCUGGUGAUCUAUCACUGUCGUGGAAGAGACAGGUUCAUCCCCCUUGGCUACGCGUCUUCAGUCUUCACCAUCACAGACCAGGUUCCAUUCAGUCUAUCCCUUUCUCAAGUCAAUGAUGUCAAUCAAAAUGACCAGAACUUCAUCCAGAACCAAGCCAUUGCCUUCUCUGUGGCAAUCCAUGAUCCCAGCCAGUACCUGAACAGUGCUGACAUCAGCUUCAACUGGGACUUUGGGGACAACAGUGGGACGCUCAUCUCCAGAGAACGCACCGUCACACACACAUACCUCUCAGUAGGAGCCUUCAAACCUCAGGUGAUCCUGAUGGCAAGCAUUCCCAGCUCCUGUGGAAGCCCCACAGCUGCCUCACCAAUCGAUGCCUCUGUUGCUCCAGCUGUAGUUGUUGUGGCCUCCACCCCUGCAGCAGCACUCCCUUCUCCAGCCGAAGGUGAGGGUGCAACAACUUUGGAUGUUCUUGCAUCAGACGCCACUCCUCUCGCUACCUCCAACAAUGAAGAACCAGCUGCUGAUACUGAUGUGGAAGCUGCCUCGGUGGCUCCAGCAGGAGUAGAUGCAGCUGUUGUUUCAGCAGAGCAGGAUCUUGCUGACACAGCUGCAGAAGGAGAUGUUGCUGAAGUGGAGACAGAGGUUGCAGCAGGAGAGGUGGCCACUGUUCCCCCUGCAGCUGAGGAACCAGUAGAAGUGGAAGCAGCUGCGGAAGAUGGCACAGCUGUGGAGACUGCCCCUAUCAUUGAUGCUGCUGCUUCAGCUGCCCCUGCUGCAGAAGGAGAAGAAGUAGCAGAUGGGGUUGCUGAUGCUCCCACUGUUGCACCUGUGGUGGUGGAUCCAUCUGUACAGGAGGAAGCCAAUGAGGCUGCUGAAACUGCUUCUGUUGCCCCUGUGGUCGUUCAAGACGAUACUGAAAUCCCUGCUGCUGCUGAUAAUGUUGUUGCUGCUGCUGCCACUGAAGCUACAGCAGCCGAAGAAGCAGCAGUUGACCCUGAGGCUGAAGUGCUGGAAACUGAAAACACAUCUGCAGCAACUGCAGCUGCUGCAGAAGCAACUGAGGCAGAAGCUGUUCCAGACGAGGGUGAAGUUCAAGGUGAAGAAGAGGCAGAAGCAGCACAGGUUGCACUCGUGAUAGCCAAAAGACAGGCCCCAGAGCUGACAGCCGACUGCACAAUCAACCGCUAUGGCUCCCUCGCUACAUCAGUAGAUGUUGUUCAGGGAAUUGAGAGUGUAGAGAUUGUUCAGAUGUCCAAUGUUGUAUCAAUGGCAACCGAGUUGGAUCAGAAUGCAGUGGAUGUCACCAUUUCCUGUCAGGGAAGCCUGCCGAGCGAAGUGUGCACAGUCAUUUCUGAUGCCGACUGUAUAACACCGGUUCAGACCAUCUGCAGCGCAGCCUUGCCCUCUCCAGACUGUCAGAUGAUCCUGCGCCAGUUCUUCAAUGACACAGGCAUGUUCUGCCUCAAUGUCUCCUUGACCAACGAUGUCAGCCUGGCUGUGGCAAGUGCUAGAGUCAAUGUAGCAGUAGCGUCUGGUGGUUCCCCAGCUGGAACAGCUGCCACUGUGCUGGGAGUUAUGGUUCUCGCCUGUGUUGUUUGUUGUAUUGGUUUGAUGUACAGACGGUUCAAGCAGUACCAGCCGCUGAGAGAGGACCAUGGUGCCGAUAACGGAGGCAGCUUUGUGACGUCCAUGCCAUUGCUGCUGUGGAACCUGCUGAGUCGACAGUCACCGGGAGAAAGCCGUCCACUGCUCCAAGGAAGAAUUGUCUAAAAACCGUCACCAGUUUAUGUACCCAACAUGUACGUUCCCUUCUUACAAAGACGCCUUAUAUAUGUAAAACCAGUCAGUCCAUGAUCAUCAUCUUCAAAAACCAGAAACACUUAAGGUUUUUGGGAACCAUCCUCAUGAGUAACAUGUAAAAAUCAGGAGUCUUUUCUGUAAUAUGGAAAGUUAUUUAUUUUGUCCUGGAAUAUCUUAAUAAAUGUCACUGGUAGUUAAUACAAGAAGUCUAAUAUGUGGCCUACUUAUUUUAACCUAAUAUCAAAUAAAUUUGUAUUCAUUUUACUUCUUAACAGUGUAAUAAAAACAAAGUUUAUUACAUUAAGUAUUAUCUGUGCAGCCCUAAAACGAAUAAAAAGUCAACUUUAUCACCAUUAAA